AUGCAGCGCACCUAUCUCGCGUUCCAUCAUAACGCAAAGCUUCAUACUCUACAAACUGUAGUCACUGCAGUCCGCUCAAUAACAGCUCUUGAGGAGGCUAACAAGGGGCUUUUCAAACAAGCCAAGGAAGAUGACCAUGUUGUAGUUACGGAAAAGACUAUAUUCCACCCUCAAGGCGGAGGUCAACCUUCUGAUGUUGGUGUGAUGAAAAGCCCUGAGGGUGAAAGUUUUGAUGUAUUUAUGGUGCGCACAAGUGCUACAAACGACGGCGAGAUAUUGCACUUUGGCAGAUUCGCGAAUACCAUGGCAAUUUUCAAGGCUGGGGAUUCGGUCACUCAAACGAUUGAUAGUGAGAAGCGGAAUCUAUACUCCCGGUAUCAUACAGCUGGGCACGUUCUUGGUGCAGCCGUUCGACAUCUCCUCGAAAAAGAAAUAGCCAACUUCGAUGAACUAAAAGCAUCGCAUUUCCCCGAUUCUGCUGCUUGCGAAUUCCAAGGUCUUAUUGAAGGGAAAUGGAAGGAUGCUAUUCAAACUCGCUUGGAUGAGUACGUUAGCAAAGACAUGCCAGUUGAAAUAGAUUGGUGGGACGAGAACGACUUCAAGAUAAAUGGGCUUGAAAGAUUAAUACCUGAUCGCAAAGCAAUGGGUAUGACGGACGAUGAGAAAUUCCGAGUCGUGAAGAUUGUCGGAGCCGAGACCUAUCCAUGCGGCGGCACGCAUGUUGACAGUACAGAGCAAUGCGGCAAGACCAAUGUGAAGAAGAUUAGUCGAGCAAAAGGGACAAGCCGAGUAAGCUAUGUGCUACCUUAG